AUGUUGGAGAAGAAAUGCUCAAAUAAUCGCUCUACGCGUCGUUAUCUACGAGCGUUGCUGGUGUUGGUCGGCCUGUGCGUAGUGGUGGCAGGAGUAGGAUUCUUCUUCAGGGAUACGCCAUUUGUCCGCAACGUUCAGAGGCGCUUCAUGAUGGGAAGGUAGAGCAUAAUGCUAUUUACAUCCUCAAAUUGUGUUGCUACUCUAAGCUAAAGGAAUAUAGCAUCAAAAUUUGGUCUCACUCGCAAGAAACAUCCAGUACAGACGCUCUAGCCGAGCGUCUAGAAAAUGAGCUGUGCCACUCAAAAACUGUCUCGCCAUGAAUUUUGAUGAAUUACCCCCAGAUUUAAACGCAACAAGAAACAGAUUCUACACUUCUUGAUUACUGCAGGUGAAACUAUCAAAGCUUGCAAAAAACAUAAAAUACCCUUUGUGACUUAGCAAAAAUUUAUCUAAACUCCUGAGCUAAAACACCAUAACUACCGUUUACAUGCGAUCUCCAUCAUUGUUUAUGUCGCAUUUAACACUUUACAAGAUUCAAAUAAAAAACAUUCAAAAACUGUAUUUAACUUCAACAUUGUUACAAUAGCAUACAAUCGAAAAAUUUCCCUUGAAUUUCCCUAAUCACCAAAUUGCCUUUUAGCUUUGUUCAAGUUUGAUUCGUUGUUACAAUUUUGUGACGCGGAUCCCUUCAGAUAACCUUUGAGGCACCAGUAACUUUACAGCGACUAACAUCGACCAUAAUUGGCUUGAUCACCGCUCUAUUGACCCUUUCCCAGAAGUGAUUGAUGCGUAACUUCUCCCUAUAAUAUCCGUACAUUAUCCAGGAAACAGGUAAUGAGACUACUCAAACUUAUCAGAAGGUAGUAAAAGUUGUUAUCUUCAUCUAACACCAAAUUCUCUUCACUAAUUUACAAGGAAAUGUACAACAGCUAGAGGGGAGAUUUAAUCAUAUCGCUGUGAUCUCCAUGCGAUCGUGAUCGUUGUAAUAAUUAUGAUCGUCAAAUAAUUCGUGGAUGGAGACCACCCCUUUCAUUUUUGUACUCGCAAAUAUCACUCAGUGCAAAACAUUGUCUGUCGGAGCGUACCGCCUUGAAGUUUUCAAGAGAUGAUAAACUUUUAAUAAUGCUUUCUUGAAGUUUCCGCUUGUUUUUUAAAACCUCGUCCACAACUUCAGUGGAAAAUUUUAGUUGAAAGAAAGCUGUUAUCCUUUUUGCCAAGGAUGUGAAACAGAUGAAAAAUCUGAUUUCCUCACGAGGACUCGAACCACAUAUCUUCAGAUUUUGUGCUCCGACGCUUUACCACCGAACCACUUGGAAGCUCAGAUAUUUCCUUCAUCUCAAGUUCACAACAAAAUGAAAAACAAUCUUCUUCAUUUGAUCACCUAACCGAAAUGGUGCCAUGUUCCUCAUUAAUUUACACAGUUCGAUUCGAGGACGAAUAACGGAACAAUGACCCCACUUAACUAACUCAACAGAAACUUUUACACAAAACGAAAAAGACUAAAGGGAGCUGCUGACAAACAACUGUGGAAUCAGGAAGCUGAAUAAAUGCUAACUGACCAUUAAGUUUUCUAAAACGUUGCUUAAUUAGCGUGAUUACAGAAUUAAGUUUACAACGUUGCUGCAUGAUGGAGAGAUUUCCUAUUAAGUGCUGAGCAAAAUCCAGGAUGGCUUUCGUUUUGCUCUAUUUUGCUGUAUGAUUGGUCGACAAAACUUGUGCCACGUUCUCAACCAAUCAGAUCCAAUAUUAAAACCAAUCGCGAUUUGGUCACUGGCGUUUUCCCGCGCUAAUGUAAGUUCUCAUUGAUUUCAAGUGAUAUUUUCCUUUCUUCUGAUUGGCUGUUUUAGUAAGCUUAAUUUUGGUUUUGCGGAACUCAUUCAAAAUAAGCCCUGAGAAAUUUUUUUCUAUGUUCCGUCUUUUCUGCAGUGCAGUAAAAGCCAAACUCCCAAACAAGCAGCACUUUUAUCAACAUGCCGCUGUGGCUGCUGACAAUGCUGAAUGCUCUAAAAUCGGUCGUAACAUUCUAAAGAAAGGAGGUUCUGCUGUUGACUCUGCGAUCGCAGCCAUACUGUGUGUUGGUGUAAUCAACCUGCAUUCCGCUGGUAUUGGAGGCGGUGGGUUUAUGAUGGUCUACGACAGUCACAAGCGGUCAGCAGAGAUGAUUGACUUCAGAGAGACCGCGCCUCAACGAGCCGGGGUAGAUUUAUUUAAAGGAGAUCCAAUGAAUGGGAUUCUAGGUAAGAUUAAGUAUGUUUGUCGAAGAAAUUGCAUGUAUGUUAUUGAAGUUUACUCCACCGGAAAUGGGACACUGGUUGGCUGGUGAGGUUCAACGAAGGUUUCAAACGACCAAUCAAAAUGAUAAACUAAACAAAGAAAACGACGAAAGCGUUGCGGAAAAUUCAAUUUCGGAACGUGUGACGAGGUGGGAAAAAGGUUUAGACUUAGACUUAGAAAGGUUUAAAAAUCUUGCGACACGAUAAGGUAUGGAUCCCAAUUCUCUGAGAUCGAGUCCUUUUACGGCAAAAAUUCUCCUUCCAUCCAUUACUUAUCAAUCAUUUCAGCUUGAAAUUUUCCAACUUAUUGUGAAUGUGCGACUUUUCAAGAAUGUAGAAAAUAGCUUUAUUGGAAAGAACAGCAUCAACAAUCACUUUUCAAUUCUAGGUGGCUUAGCAGUAGCAGUUCCUGGUGAACUGCGAGGCCUGGAGGCAGCUUGGAAGAAAUACGGCAAGCUACCGUGGGAAGAAUUGUUUAAACCAGCCAUUCGCAUUGCAAAGAAAGGUUUCAUCAUUCCAGAGACAGUAGACAUAGCAAUUGGCAUUUGGAAAAAUCUCCUGAUGAAGGACAAGACAUUCAGGUGAGAUUAGAAAUCAUUUUAUUGGGAUAACAGAAUGAUGAUUGUCUGCUGUUUUCUUGGUUCUGAUCGCUUUCUGGAAUGUUUCAUUCAUUUAUUCUAUGAUUGAAUGACUGACAGGUUGAUCGAUGGAUUGAUAAUCCAUCGAUCGAUCAAUCGUUUGAUACAAAUGUAUACUGAUCUUUUGAUCAACGGAUGGACUUAUCGAUUCGUCGAUUAAUCGACUGAUUAACAAAUUACGUGAUUGGAUGAUAUUUUUUUACUGUCUCAAGUGACUGUUCGACCAUCUAAUUAACUAAUAAAUGAAUUGCUUAUAUCUCUUAUACCUGCUUCUCCAUUUUUUGAAUUUUUUCCAAGCAGUGCAUGUUUCUUCACACAUUAGAAUUUGAUCGGCUGUUCAGUCAGUAUAACAGAAACGAUGCUUUGAUUGGCUGGUUGGUCAAUCAUAUCAUGCGCGUUUCGACACAAAACACUCCGAACUAAAAAAUACCUACGCUGAUAACAUUUUUAAAAGUUUACAAUAUAAGCAGAAAGAACACAGACUACAGUUCAGACUCCAUAUUUUACCAUUUUGAUUUACACAGGCGUGUUUUUGCCAAAAACGGAAAGCUUCUUCGAAAAGGAGACCUUCUUAAGAGACCGCAAUUGGCUAAGACACUACAACUUAUUGCGCGAGCAGGAAGCGCAGAACCAUUCUAUAACGGACCAAUGAGUAAAUCAAUAGUCAAAGAAGUGCGUGCUGCUGGAGGGGUGUUGACGUUGAAAGACCUCAAAAACUACAAAGUUGAGUUUCGCCCUGUGCUAAAAAGCAAGUUGGACGACAUGACGUUACUUAGCACUCCUCCACCAACCGCUGGCCCAGUGUUGGCCCUGACUCUGAAUAUCUUGAAAGGUAAGCGGUUGACCUGUACCAAGCCGUUAGAAAAAUUAUACGUUUUCGCCAAGUUUAAGCCGGGUGGAUAAAAAAUUGCACUUGGAAAUGAGGCUUGCAUUCAUAUGAAACAGACCCAAAUGCAUCUGUUUGGAAAGGCUGGAAAAUGGUAGACUACGUAAUGUAGGAAAGGGGGAGGAGGUUGCUCCUGAUGAGAUGUAGACGAAAAAUAGCAUCCUGCCAAAAUAACCGUAAAAGUACAAACAAACAAAAAAAAAGUAAAAAGUACCAUAAGUUGUCCCACAGAAAUAAUCUCCAUUCCACCUUGUCCACAGUGACGUCGACACUAGUGAAGUGUAAUUUUACUAUUGAUCUGCAACAGCACCACAUCUUCGGGAAUGCAUCAUCCUGUAUUCUAUUUAUCAACCUUUUUUACUCCCUGUAUUGUAUCAGAACACGACUGAGCUCAUUAAUUUUCAUGCAUUUCCUUUACACCAAAGGGUAUAAAUUAAAGCAGAGAGAUCUUGAGGAUAACCCAGUGAGAACAUAUCAUCGCAUUAUUGAAGCAUUUAAGUUUGCGUACAAGUAUCGAUCAUUGUUAGCUGACCCUAACUACGGGAAAGACGUCAAUAAGGUUUGUGUCGAUAAUCAACAAAUUCUGCUCUGUUGGUAUGUGUUAUAGUAUAUUGGUCGUUGCGUGACACACAAGGUAUUGUCGUGUUAUAAUACGUUGGUCCUGUAGAAACGCACAAAGUUUUGUUGAGUCACGCGGUAAGAUGGUUUUCGCAUGACGCUCAAAGCAUAGUUGUGUUACUCGAGUAGCAAAACGUAAAGUCGAGUUACAAUAAGUUAGUUUUUUCGUAAUUUGCAAAUAAUUCUAGCUGGUGGGGAUCCUCUGUAAAAGACAAUUGGCGAAUGUUUAGUGAUAUCAUGAUCUUCCUACAAAAGCUAAAACUCUGAUCACCUAUCUGUGUUUUUACCAGACCGUGAAAGAAAUGAUGAGCACAAAACUAGCCGACGACAUCAGACGCCAAAUCACGGACACCAUGACGCAUUCUCAAGAUUAUUAUGGCUCAAGGUACCAUGUACCCAUCAAAACUGGAACGACAAGCUUGUCGGUGUUGGCUGCAAAUGGAGAUGCAGUCUCACUUACAAGCACCGUAAAUGGAUAGUAAGUAACUGGAGCUUGAAUUCAUGACACCGCGUGUUCCUUUCUUGGUUCUUUCUUGCAAUACUUAUUGUUAUCACCAACAGCGAAUCAAUACCCAUCUUAUUAUUUUGGGAAGUUUGUAAUCAAUCAAAACGCUUGCACGCAACUGGUCUGUAUACCGAGACCGCGUGACUUAAUAAUCUCCGGCUAAAACUAGAAAACUCGCCAUAGGGAAAUUUUUCGCUUCUCUGAAAAGGGAUUGUUGGGAGACAGAUAAUCGGGCAUAAUCAGAAUUGUGUCCAAAUAAACAUAAUUCUUAAAACCAACAGCGACGAUAGGAUAUACAAAAAUGUGUCUCCCCAUUUAUCAGAAUUAUAACCGUCUUUAAUUACAAACAAAAGUAUAAGCUCGUAAUGCGUGCAAGAGUGACAGACAUGAAAAACGGGCAGCUGUGCCAGAAGAACUUGAGUAGCUGACAAAAUCUUCGAAUUAAAGAUUCAACUAUUGGGGCGCUAGCCACUUGAUUUUACAGAAUACGCACAAGAGUGACAUAUAUGGUGACGCUUGUUCUUAAACGUCAAAAAAAAAACGGACUGUUGCGCUGAAAGAACUUGAGUAGUUGAACAAAUUUUCAAAUCAACUUGGAGCGCCAGCUUCGUGAGUCCAAGGAUAUCAUUGACGUUACCGUCUUUUGCUUUGCUGCAGUUUUGGAGCCAAGUUUCUCUCAAACAAGCUUGGCUUCGUCUACAACAAUGAAAUGGACGACUUCAGUGCACCGCACGUGACAAAUGAAUUCGGACUUCCGCCAUCUCCUGUCAAUUUCAUCAAACCGGGCAAGAGACCGCAGUCCUCAGCCGUGCCCGCGAUAGUACUGGAUAAAAAAGGAAAUGUCUUAAUGACGAUUGGUGCUGCUGGGGGUACCAUCAUUACAACAUCUGUUGCACAGGUAAGCUUGAGUGGAGAUACAAUGAAAUACCGCAUAUAGAAAUUUUUAUCAAGUGCUAAGUAGCUAAGGCAUAGCGGUCAACAAGUAUGACAUAUUUCUGAUACCUGCAACCCUGCACACAACAAUUUGUUCAUGGCUACAAUAUUGGAAAUAUUGCACGCAAUAAAUAUCAUAUCUCAGUUCUCCAGCGUCACAUGAGGUCCAUAAAUUCCAAAAUUGAAACAAGACAUGAUAGUUUUGUUUUGUCUUUUUUCCGCAGGCGAUAAUGAACUACUUUUGGUUCAAGAAAAAUCUGCAGACCUCCAUUACAAUGCCGCGAGUACACGACCAGCUCUAUCCUAACUUUGUAUUCGCUGAGACUAGGUUUCCAACAGAGGUCGUCAAUGGCCUCAUUUCCUUGGGACAUAAGGUUUGUAGAUGCGUAUACAUAGAGAAAAGUGUGUCCGAUGAAUACCGAAUUUCAGGCUUGGCCUUCGCUCUGCGGCCAAGAAAACUCGCGCCACUUUCUCAACCGAUCAGAUGCAAAACUAAAAUCAAUCAUAAUUAUGCAAAAAGUGUAUAAAGCAUUUUUCAACUGAGUGACAAAAGUAAUUCAGAAUUGCGCUGGUGUUACUUUAUUUCGCUUAGUGAUUAUUGGAAGUACCUCAUUCUUUCUUUCCCACAGCGAAAAUGUUCUUUUUCUCCAGCAUCAAAGCGAACGUCUCUGCGCUUAUUCGCUCGUUCACCGUUUGCUUUGAUGUCCUCUCCCAGUCUCACAUAUGGGAACUCACACGAAGGCUAACGUUUUUGUUACAUCUGAUCACACAGUGAUAACAAAAUUAUUUCAGUUAUUUCCUACUCAGGAACAUUCUUCAAUAUGUCCUUAAUGAUUGCAAUUGUAUUUUCAUUUUAGGUCAACGUGAGUGAUAUAAGUCACGGUGUGGUCCAGGGAAUUGUGAGAAAUCCCCACAAAUACAAACUAAUUGACAACCGUGGAAAAAGAAAAGGAUACGUGUACGGCUUGGUACCACAGAUCUACGCAGAAUCUGACUACAGGAAAGGAGGACAGCCCGCUGGAUAUUAAAACAUUAUUUGCCUUCUCACUAAACGACGAUUUGCUAAAGGAUUUAUGAAAUACUCACAAAAAAAUGAGGAUAAUUUUGAACUACAAGGAUCAUUUGAGACGUUACACGUUUGCAAAGUCAACCAAGUUGUAAUAUAUUGGAUAGGUAAUUCUGUAUUGGUCCAAGGAGUAAGACAAAAUGUUAAUCUCCACUUCGAUCUUUGAACCAUGCAUGGGAAACUCUCUGAAAUCUCACCUUUUGUAGCUUUCAGAACUUUCAGAGCAAGAAUUUUGAGUCGUUUUUCGCGUAAGUUCAUUUUAU